GUGCCGAAAUGAUCAUCCUCAUCGGCGACGGGCCUUCUGUUCUCAUACGAAACACGCAUCCCGAAGAGCGGGUGACAGCGGACGGGUGGGAGCUUUAAGAGCCGGAGAACGUGUCGUGCUGGAGAACGACACGCUCAACGUCGCCGUCGCCGUCGUCGUUGUCGACGACCAGGCGGGAAGGGAGUGCGCUCUCUCGCAUUCGACGAGGACGGACCGCGGGGAAUCGCGCGACAAAAAUGAGGCAGGUAGUCGUGCUGGAGCCAGCAGGCAGCGUCCUGGUGAUCAGACAGACCUCCCUGGGUGGCGGUGGCGUCGCCACCACUGGGAAUGUCAACUCCAGCCCAACGGGCACCAACGACACCCACGCCUUGGUCAAUCACGCCGCUGUCUCUACGAUCGCCUCCAACGAUCACAACCAGAACAGGAUAGUCGUGGUGCGCUCGUCUACCUCAUCCACCUGCAUGACCAGCUCGGCCGACAAUCAUGCAUCGACCAACGGCAAUAGCAACAUCAACGUUAACACGAACAUUAAUGGGAACUCGGGCAGCAUCAGCUGCAAGCCGUCGUCGAAGGUCGGAAUUGGCGGCGGUACCUGCAAGCUGAAUGACAGGAACGAUCACCUACGGAACGAGCACAAGAGCCAGGACGGAGUUAGCAACAGCAACGAGACGAACCCUGUCGCUGGAUGUCGUCCAAGGGCGAGCAAGGAAGCCGCACAUGAGAACGUUGCCUCCGACAGGAAGCCCGAUGGCGCGGAUCCCAUCUCUCAUGGCGAUCCGAUAAAGCUUCCCGAAAAUCUGGAAACCUUGCCGCGAGCUGAACACUUUCCAACUCAGAGGCAUCGAUGGAACACCAACGAGGAAAUCGCCGCCAUCCUAAUCAGUUUUCAGAGGCACGCCGAAUGGCAAAGUCGGGAGGUAAAAGUACGACCACGAAGUGGUUCAAUGUUACUGUACUCGAGGAAAAAAGUACGUUACCGGCGGGACGGUUAUUGCUGGAAGAAAAGAAAAGAUGGAAAGACUACACGGGAGGAUCAUAUGAAACUAAAGGUUCAGGGAGUCGAGUGCAUCUAUGGCUGUUAUGUGCACUCGGCGAUCCUUCCGACGUUUCAUCGGCGGUGUUACUGGCUACUGCAGAAUCCGGACGUAGUUCUCGUCCAUUAUUUGAAUGUCCCUUAUCCGGAUGGUGAUGCGAAGCUGGCGGCCCUGCCACCCUGCCUCGCGCUGCCGCCAGACAAGAAGGAAUGGACGCGAGACGAGUUAGCGUCGCAAUUAAGGCCCAUGUUCCUCGGUGGAGAUGACGAUCCGAACAAUCCUCAUCUCACGCAGCACUCAAACCAUCCCGUCGACAUGAUAGUCUCUCAACUGCUCGAUAGGCAAAGGGCAUCCUCCACUUCCUCCACCAGUAAUACUCAACUCGCACCUAGGAGACUUACGCCCGACAAUCAGGUCUCUUCGACAACGGGAGGUCAGCAACAGACGACGACGGCGGCUCCGGCUCCCCGCGUUUAUUCAAGACAUUCCCAUUCCACUCAGAGUCAACAGCCGGCUCCUUUAGUUUUAAGUUUGCAACAAAUUCAAGGCGGUGGUGGUCUUCUGAUACUUAACAGUCAACCAUAUCAUCAUCAGCAACAGCAACAACAGCAGCAGCAGCAGCAGCAGCAACAGCAACAGUCGCAACAACAGCAGCAACAGCAGCCGCAACAGCAGCAGCAGCAACAGCCGCCGCAACAGCAGCAGCAACAGCAACAGCAGCAGCAACAGCAAAGUCAGCAAGUGGAGAUGCAACAAGUCACAGAACAACAAAUCGUAUCACAAACCAGCGUCGACCGCGAACAGCAAACGCAACAAGAGAUUGACGCGCAGGAGAGUAUGGAAAGAUCUGCCGUACAAUCAUUGCCAAUCGGCAGUUCUGGUUCCGAGGUGACCGAUUUCGCGGAGACGCUGGAUCUGAGUCAGGAAGACAUUCAGAGGACACUAUCGGCUAACAUGGUGCCUCCGUCGCCGUCACCUUCGCCGGCAGACAACAGCAUGAUUAAUCCGAUGGAUUUUAUUGAUUCGUCGGACGACGUGCUGGUCAAUCUGGACGCGUUCGACGUGUUCGGUGAUUUGCCAGAGCUGCAUGAUUUCGAAGCCGAACAUACAAAGCACGAGGAACAGCGAGGUGCUCCCGAGAACGACGUCGGAUGUCAUCCUGGUACAACCGUCCAUAUUGCAGAAUAUAGUCCUGAGUGGAGUUACACCGAGGGUGGUGUAAAAGUAUUAGUUGCUGGUCCAUGGACCGGCGGUAGUGGUUCCCAAUCAUAUUCGGUACUUUUCGAUGCGGAACCGGUCGAAGCGUGCCUCGUGCAACCAGGCGUACUGCGUUGUCGAUGUCCCGCGCACGCACCAGGAAUAGCGUCCCUCCAGGUGGCCUGCGACGGUUUUGUCGUGUCCGAUAGCGUUGCCUUCGAAUAUCGUAGAGCGCCGACGAGCGAACCUAGCCCAGAGAAAGCUCUGCUGGACCGUCUUGCGGACGUUGAGGCCCGUCUGCAGGGUCCCGGUCCACCUUCUCCCGCAGCUCAUCUAGAAGAGCGACUGGUUGCUUAUUGCCAGGAUGCUGUUGUCCGUCCUUGGCGAGCCGGAGCAGAACCUCUUCAGUCCGGUGGGCCUACUCUCCUGCAUCUGGCGGCCGGAUUGGGAUACUCCAGAUUAGCCUGUGCACUCCUUCACUGGAGAGCAGAAAAUCCUAGUAGCGUUUUGGAUGCCGAGGUUGAUGCUCUUAGGCAGGAUAGCGCCGGCCUUACGCCACUUGCUUGGGCCUGCGCGGCGGGACAUGCCGACACCGCCAGGAUCCUUUACAGAUGGAAUGCUAUGGCACUACGCGUGAGGGACUGUCAGAAUAGAACGGCGACCGAGCUGGCCGCGGAGAACGGUCACACGGCGAUCGCCGAAGAACUGAAUCAGCUCGAAACCCGAAGGCAAGACGAGAGGCUUUUCUUGCGACCCGCCAGCCCUAGCCCCAGGCGGCCAUCUCAAGACAGCGGUCUCGAUCUGGCGUUGUGUGGCUCGCCGCUGCUGGAUAACAUGGAAUUGUUGCAAGAGGAUGAAUCGUCGUUAGGCCUCAGCGAACAGGGAAUGGAGAGCGUUUCGACCCCUCAGGAGACCGUAGGGGAGGAAGACGCGAGGGUGCUGACAUUGGCAGAACAAAUUAUAGCGGCGCUACCGGAAAGGAUUAAGAGGGCGGAGGGUGAUUCUCCGUCUUCUUCCUCGCCACCACCACCCACAGCGCCUCUGUCACCCCUGGAAGAUGCUCUCAUGGAACAAAUGCCUCUCGACUCUGGGGAAUUAUUUGACUCGUAUCGCGACUGCAGCGGCGGCGCCGCUUCAGUUUCGGAUGUCGAUGCCGAUGCCAGUCCCUCGAGUCCCUCCAGCAGUUGUCUGACACCCGAUUCACCAUCUCCGCCACCCACCACCGCCGAUUUCUGUGAGUUUCUACAGCUGCAACUGCAGCUCGAUGGCAAUGGUAAUGCUCACAGCGGCCAGUAUUAUUCGUCGAAUGGCGGCGGCGAGCGCAAAUUGAACGGCAUGAUUGGUUCCGGAGUCAUGACAGCGACCGGAAAUGGCAACGGAGACGGUAAUGAAGCAGAUCUUAGUAGACUGACGCUAUCCGAUCGCGAGCAGAGAGAGCUCUAUCAUGCCGCCAGGAUGAUUCAAAAGGCAUAUAGGAAUUAUAAGGGUCGUCAGAGGCAGGAAGAGGCUGAAAGGCACGCCGCCGUUCUGAUCCAACAGUACUAUCGCCGCCACAAACAGUACGCUUAUCACAGGCAAGCCACGAAAGCGGCAUUGGUGAUUCAGAACAACUAUCGAAAUUAUCGGGCGCGACCGGGCUCAGCCAGCGCGAGGCAGCAGGCGGUUCAUCAACAGGCGGCUCAUCAGGCAGCAAGAAAGAUCCAGCAGUUCAUGCGGCAGUCCAAAAUCAACUUGUCGUGGGACGAGUCACGACCGACUGCAGAACGCCAAGGCCGUCGCAAACGGGAGCGGGAGGCCGCCAGUGGUCACUUCGCGGGUGGCUGUUGUCCCCCAAAGCUCGCCCUCAUCUAGCCCAGGGGCCAGCCUAGUAGCCGCCAGCCCGGGGGUCACCUAAUUGACUGUCAGUCCAACGGCACGCGGAGUGGCGGCGAUGACAGUUCGGUAGCGAAGUAACACGGCCGGUGGUGAUGAUCGUUGGUGAACGGCGCUCCGGAUCGGCUGUCGCGACGCUCUGAGGAAGUAUCGUCGUUAAUGCGACGACUGCGUCACAACUUAUCACAAGAGGGUACCAGACGUACGACACUGAAUGAUAUACAGAAUUUUGUUCUCUGCGUCUCUCUGAUUUACGUACCCGAUGGUUGAUCAGUCUGGAAUCUUAUCUAUCUUCUAAUCUUUUAUCCUUCACAUCAUAUUUCUUUAUCGUUAAUAUCGUUAAUAUCGCGUGCCAUCCUCUACCGUUUAUUCUUUUCACUUGUAUCUUAUGCUACUAUCAUAUUCUCUACGUAUUUUUACAUCUUUCUCGACACGAGCGAGUUAGAGUAACAGCAGAUAGACAAAUCGAUCGUAAAUAGGUUUUUUUUUUUAAAUCCGUAUAAGAUCGAUUGAUUCGAAAAUUAUUUAUACAGCACGAUUUUGUCUUUGUUUUGUUUAACAAACACAUGUAAGAUAUAAGCGUCUAGCGUACCAUGUCUCUUCAGGAGUACGAAAUCUGCUUGGUCCGACAAAUACGUUGAUUCCUGCUACAUCGCGACAACAUCGAAGUUGACGAGCCGUUCCCGUGAUAUUUUAUUAAAUCCUUGUAUGCACCGAGCUGAAUCGCACAAAGUCAUUAUCGCUUUUGUAGAUUUAAAUAGCUCGCGAGUUUGCCACUGGCAGAUCUGCAAGUUCUUUCGAAAUGAAAUAUUUCUUCAAUACAAAACUCUUUGUAGGUAUAGACAUGUUUCUUCUUUGAUGACACUAGUCGAUAAAUUUGAUCCCCUCUUUGAGGUAAACAAAAUGUAUAAACUUAUUAUAUAAAUAACCAUUUUAAAAUGGUACAAGUUAAAUAUAGCUUGUUCUAAAUUGCAA